GGGAGGCGGUUUCCUAGACUACGACACCGGAAAGCUGGGGGAGGUGCUGCGGACUGUUGAGGGCGGAGGGCGGUGGCAGCGCUGGCGCUGGGGACCGGCUCGGUGGCUUCUGCAGUUUGGCGCCGGCGGCAGCCUGUCUAACUCCACAUCCCGUCCUCGGCACGGCUUGCUGCCCCCUCGCCGCCGGCGUCCGGCGAUGUGUCCCACCGACCGGGCGUAGCAGCUGCGCGUGCGCGGAACCGCGGGGCCAUGAGCGAAGCCGCGGGCGGCCGGGGCUGUGGGUCCCCGGUUCCCCAGCGAGCGCCAUGGAGCCUGGUGGCGGCGACGGCCGCGCUCUGCCUGGUGUCAGCCACGUCCGUGUGGACGGCGGGGGCCGCGCCCAUGAGUAGAGAAGAGAAACAGAAGCUUGGGAAUCAAGUACUGGAAAUGUUCGAUCAUGCUUUUGGUAACUAUAUGGAACACGCUUACCCAGCUGAUGAACUCAUGCCUUUGACCUGUAGAGGUCGUGUUAGAGGCCAGGAGCCAAGUCGGGGUGAUGUCGAUGAUGCCCUGGGAAAGUUUUCCCUGACAUUGAUUGAUUCUUUGGACACUCUUGUGGUAUUAAAUAAAACUAAAGAAUUUGAAGAUGCGGUGAGAAAAGUUUUAAGAGAUGUUAACUUGGAUAAUGAUGUAGUUGUAUCAGUCUUUGAGACAAACAUCAGAGUUCUUGGGGGUCUUUUGGGUGGACACUCACUGGCCAUCAUGCUGAAAGAAAAAGGCGAAUAUAUGCAGUGGUAUAGUGAUGAGCUUCUCCAAAUGGCAAAGCAACUAGGUUACAAACUUUUACCAGCUUUCAAUACGACCAGUGGCCUUCCUUAUCCAAGAAUUAAUUUGAAGUUUGGCAUCAGAAAACCGGAAGCUCGCACGGGAACUGAGACAGAUACCUGUACAGCUUGUGCAGGUACCUUGAUCCUUGAGUUUGCUGCUUUAAGUCGAUUCACAGGAGCGACAAUAUUUGAGGAAUAUGCAAGGAAAGCUCUUGAUUUUCUCUGGGAAAAAAGACAGCGAAGUAGUAAUUUAGUGGGUGUGACGAUCAAUAUUCAUACUGGAGAUUGGGUACGAAAAGACAGUGGAGUUGGAGCAGGGAUUGAUUCAUAUUAUGAGUAUCUGCUGAAAGCCUAUGUCUUGCUUGGAGAUGACAGUUUUCUGGAAAGAUUUAACACACACUACAAUGCCAUAAUGAGGUACAUUAGCCAGCCACCUCUUCUUCUUGAUGUGCAUAUCCACAAGCCAAUGCUGAAUGCUCGGACUUGGAUGGAUGCUUUGCUUGCCUUUUUUCCGGGUUUACAGGUUUUAAAGGGGGAUAUUAGACCUGCUAUUGAGACUCAUGAGAUGUUAUAUCAGGUCAUUAAAAAGCACAACUUUCUUCCAGAGGCAUUUACUACAGAUUUCAGGGUACAUUGGGCUCAACAUCCUUUAAGGCCAGAGUUUGCAGAAAGUACCUACUUCUUAUAUAAAGCUACAGGAGAUCCUUACUACCUUGAAGUAGGGAAAACACUUAUUGAAAAUUUAAAUAAAUACGCUAGAGUGCCUUGUGGAUUUGCUGCCAUGAAGGAUGUCCGUACUGGAAGUCAUGAAGACAGAAUGGAUUCCUUCUUCUUGGCUGAAAUGUUUAAAUAUCUUUACCUACUAUUUGCUGAUAAAGAAGACAUUAUUUUUGACAUAGAAGAUUACAUCUUUACAACAGAAGCUCAUCUGUUACCUCUUUGGUUGUCUACUACAAAUCAAAGCAUCUCUAAGAAGAACACAACCUCAGAAUAUACAGAGCUGGAUGACAGUAAUUUUGACUGGACUUGUCCCAAUACUCAGAUCCUCUUCCCUCAUGAUCCAUUGUAUGCUCAGCGUAUUCGUGAACCCUUGAAAAACGUGGUGGAUAAGAGCUGCCCUAGAGGCAUCGUCAGAGUAGAGGAGAGUUUCAGGAGUGGAGCAAAACCCCCUCUGAGAGCCAGAGAUUUCAUGGCCACUAAUCCUGAGCAUUUAGAAAUCCUGAAGAAGAUGGGGGUGAGUUUGAUUCACCUCAAAGAUGGGAGAGUCCAGUUGGUCCAACAUGCAAUCCAAGCUGCUAGUUCAAUUGAUGCUGAAGAUGGAUUGAGGUUCAUGCAAGAGAUGAUUGAAUUGUCAAGUCAGCAACAAAAAGAACAGCAGCUGCCUCCACGGGCUGUACAAAUUGUUUCCCACCCCUUUUUUGGCAGGGUAGUAUUGACCGCUGGACCAGCUCAGUUUGGGCUGGAUCUGUCUAAACAUAAAGAGACAAGAGGCUUUGUUGCAAGCAGUAAGCCGUACAAUGGCUGUUCAGAGCUCACUAACCCUGAAGCAGUGAUGGGAAAAAUCGCACUUAUACAAAGAGGGCAGUGCAUGUUUGCAGAAAAGGCGCGCAACAUCCAGAAUGCUGGGGCCAUUGGCGGCAUUGUCAUCGAUGACAACGAGGGGAGCAGCAGUGAUACUGCCCCUCUGUUCCAGAUGGCAGGUGAUGGCAAGGACACGGAUGACAUCAAGAUCCCCAUGCUGUUCUUAUUCAGCAAAGAAGGAAGUAUCAUCCUGGAUGCCAUCCGGGAGUAUGAGGAGGUAGAAGUGCUCCUCUCUGAUAAAGCGAAAGAUCGAGAUCCUGAAAUGGAAAAUGAAGAACAACCAUCCUCUGAAAAUGAUUCUCAAAAUCAGAGUGCUGAACAACAGGUUGUGUCAAUUUCUCAGACGGUUGAUUUGGUUGAUCAAGAAUCUCCUGAUGAAAGUUCUUUAAACUCCUCCCCUGAGUCCUCAUCUCCAGCAGAUAGUGAAGAUGCUUCAAACAUUUCCCCUUCUGAACAGACUUCUAGUCCCACAGCAAACCACGAGACUCCAAGUCUUGAUGGUGAAUGUACAGAUUUAGAUAACCAAAUUCAAGAACAAUCAGAAACUGAGGAAGAUUCCAAUCCUAAUGUUAGCUGGGGUAAAAAAGUCCAGCCUAUAGACUCCAUAUUAGCAGACUGGAAUGAAGAUAUAGAAGCAUUUGAAAUGAUGGAGAAGGAUGAACUAUGAUUCACUGAAAACUCUGGUGGUAGGUAUUUAAAAAGAAAAGGUAAACUGUGGUCAUAGACACCCUAAUACAAAGCAGGCUCUCGAACGGGAGGCUCUGAGUGUGGUAAUGAGCACCCACGUUCUGACUGGAACAGGGAGUUAGCUAGGAAUUGGAGCACACCAUGUUAGAACUGACCUUAUUUAAACUGUCCACGAAAAGCGGAAACUCACAGUUCCCCCUCAGAGGAUGACAUUGCACACCCUGCAUGUCAGGGAAAGAUUACGGGCAUUCGUGGGAGCCAUAUCUCUACAGUCUCUGGAUAGACAAGAAACAAAUUCAAUUACUAAUGGAUUGGGUAUAGGAGUUUGUGUCGCUUUCUUUCUGAUUAAAGGAAGCGUGACUGUCUUGGCUUUGAGCUUGGAGGCCCUUUGGGGGAGAUGCAAAUGAGUAUUGUGGCAUUCUGGUUCUGCUGCCUUCACAAAAACACUCUUAAGUGACCUCAGUGGUUCUGAAGCAAAUGCAUUCAUGGUAGAAACAAUUUCUGAUCAUCACUUUCACCUGCUUCCUUCAGUGGCAAAUGAUCAAGAUGACUUUUUUUUCCCCUCCCUCCUAACAAUGUCAUUUCAUUUAAGCCAAAGGUAAAGCCAAUGUGCUUCCCCAGUGAGUUUUCUACAUAAAGACUAAUCAGUGGGACUAGGGAAAAAGGUCACAAAAGAUACUGUGGAAACUGGUUUCUUAAUACUUUUGAUAAAAGGAACAAGGGAGAAAGUAAAACAUUGCAAUAUGAACUUCCCACUGGCCUUCCAUAGGGAAAGCUAUAGCUACUCUGAAUGGAACUUAGCAUUAUAUCCUGUGGGGUAGAUUAGAAAUCUUUUCCAGUUCACUUCUCUUAGAGGGAGUUACCUCUAGCCGUCAGCCUGCUCCAUCCCGUGUUUAGUCUGCAAUUUGAGCCGGAAAGCCCACAUUACCAACAGGUGUUCCUUGAUGAAAAUAUAGUGGUGAUCCAAAAUACCUGGGGAACUACUGCUUCUCUCCUUUGGAACUGAUUUCUAAUGCUGUACCUAAGGACUCUGUCACAUUUUCUGUUGAAUUAUAGCUUUUAGGUUUGUUUUUGUUCAUUUUGUUUAAAAUGUUCCUUCUGAUGUGGACUUGAAAGUUAGUCUGUGAUGAAUUGUGUAAAAAAUUUACACAGUAGCAACUAUAUAUAGCCAUAUAGCUUAAUGAAAAUUUUUUUUCUCUUUUUUUUCUUUUGGUGGCAGUCUGGUGCUGACCACAUUUAAAUUUUUGAAUUUAAAAAAUUUUGUCUUUGAUAUCGGUAGAUAGCCCUGUAUUGAAAUCAUGACUUAACUCAUUUUAUUUAUUUUUUUAAACUUAUCAUAAUCAAUUCUAAGGAAAUAUUUGAGAGAUUUAAUUCCUUUCUCUUUACCAUGACAUUACACAAUAAUCUUUUCCUAAAACAUGGUUUUGAGGUACUGAAUAACUUAUACGCUAUAUGGAGCUGUUAAAUAACAGCAGUACUGUAUUGUAGUUUUGUAUAGCCAUGUACAGUAUGUCUUAGCUCCCAGGUAAACAUUCUUUUGUAAGGGAAUAAAUACCUGCAUUUAAAAAAUUCCAGCUGAACAUAAUUGGGUUAGUGAGUAAUAACUCCUACAGAUAGGUCACUGGGGGGGGGGGGAAGGUAGAGUAGUGUAUCAAGACCUUUAUUGGCUCUUAAUUAAACCUGAUACCAACAUGGAUAUUUUUAGUCUCUCUGCAUGUAAAAUUUGGAGUAAGAAGAUAGAACUAUAACACAUACAGUAUACAGAAGGAUAGACGUAAUGCUUUGUUCAUCUUAAUUGCAAAGCUGCCAAAAUAGCUGAAGCUUAAUUACUUGACUUGCCUUGAUUUAUAGGACUGGGGCUUGGAGAGAAGGAGCAGAUGUUCCUUUAAGACUUUGAUCACAGAGCCUUAUAUACACUGAUUUGAUUUUGUAUUUGUAGCUCAAAGCUAUUGUUAUCCAAAUCAAACUCUUGUAAAUUUUUGAAACAAUGUAAAUUGUUUUUUUCAAUUUCUAACGGGGAUGGCACUAAGGAGUCUGACACACUAGGAAAAGCCAGAAUACUGCCAUGUGUCCUUUGGCCAUUAGGGGGAGUUGUUGUGCUGCAGUGAGAUGUAGUGGCAAAUUUAUUUGUUUAGAAGACUAAAUCCUUGGGGGGCAGGGCAGGAGAGUUAAUCAGUUGUACUUAAUACCCAAAAGGAUUUAUAUACUUUUCUUCCUCUAGUUAAGAAAGUGUAUGUUCAGCUUCAAAAUGCCACUAUCAUUGGCCCCCACGCUCAUUUACAUAUCUGACAUACUGCCACAAAGUAGUUUUUGAGUUCAUUAAAAAUUCCAGCUGCAUUGGAGUUUUUGAAAGGUUUUGUUUGUUAAAUACCUUUCGCAGAUAUCUUACUUAGUUGCUGAAGAUUCGGGGGAUUCCUGAAUUUAGAAACAUCUAGUCUACCUCAGUUACCGCUUAGAAAUAGAGCUGAAAUGAUCACGGCCAUAAAAUUAUUUGACAGAGAGAUUUACACAAUGUUUACAAACCUGGAACCAAGAAUUUUGCCUAAAAGGUAAAAGUUAGAUAUUAGAGCAAGUAUACAAUUCAGGUAUUUUCAAGUUUUAAAGCUUAACUUGUUUACGUACUAAAAAUAGCUAUAGGUUGGUUUUUUUUUUUUUUUUUGCAUAUAAAAGUCCAUUGAAAUAUUCACUAAUUUGCAAUACUUUCCCCAUAAAGUUUAAGUGUGAAAAAAUUGUAAUUUACUAGAUGUGUUUGGGAUGGGAUAUUUUGUUGGAUAGGUCCUUUUUCUUUUUAACCUGUAAUAAGCUUCCAAAAAGAGUACAGUUGUUUCAGAACAAAUUACUUUGUGACAUUUCACUUUUCCCAUUUUCUUUACGUAUUGGAGAUUUUAGAAUGAGAAAUUGUGCACUGAUUUUAAUUUCUCUAAUGCAAUUACUCUUUUAAGAAUUCUUUUACAUUUAAAUUACCAUCACACAACCUUUUUAUAGCAAAGCCAGCAUUUGUGCUCUUACCAACCCCCAUGCCAAAUUUGUCAUAAAGAAAGCUCAGCGUAAGUAAUUCAAAUAGUGCUUAUAAUUUUAGAGGGGUGAGUAGAAUUUAGUAACUGUUCCAAUGGGUCGUUUUGUGCACAAGGCUUCAGUCAGAACAUAGAAAAAAAACAUUCUGUGAAUGAAACUUGUAUGUUCAGAUUUUAUAAAAGACAUUUUUAAAAGCCCAAUUUACAGCCGUAUAUUUUCUUAUGAUGUAAUUUAUGAAAAAGAUGUCUGUACUAACAGGUGCUGUAACACUACUGUUGUCGGGUUUUGUUGUUUGGUGAUAAAUGUAUACAAUAUUUCUAAUGGAAACUAUGUACUGUGAUGUAAAAGUCUGGGCAAAAUGUAUAUAAUCCUUGUAUAUAAUUGUGUAUUUGAUUAUAAUUACUGAUUGUAAAGAUUUAAUAAAACAUGUAAAUAU